AUGCUGUGGCGCGCGGCCAGCCGGGAGGCGGCCUUGGUGGCGCAGUCGCGCGUCGCGGCGCCAGGCUUUAGACCAUCGCCUGGAGGGCUUGCUGCCCUGCACAAUGGCUGGGUGCAGGGGCGAGUCAACACAACAGGCAGACGUGAUGAGUCCCAACUUCAUCCCAAUGGACUUACCACCUGCAUUCACUGCCAAGCUUCUGCAGAUGUGGUGGACUCGGUGCCCACGCAAGCAGGAACCAGCACACAGGGGAGGAUCGUGUCCAUUCUUCGAGAGCGGGGCCUUGUAGAAAGCAUCACAAAUGAAGAACUGGAGUCAGUGGCAGCUAAUGAGCAGCUCUCUGUGUACUGCGGCUUCGAUCCAACAGCUGACAGCUUGCACCUUGGUAACCUCUUGGGAUUUGUGGUCUUGAGCUGGUUCCAGAGGUGCGGCCACCAACCAAUUGCCCUCAUUGGAGGUGCAACUGGGCGGGUUGGUGACCCUUCUGGGAAGUCUGCGGAGAGGCCCAUGAUGUCUGAAGAGCAGAUUCAGAAGAACUGUGAAGGAAUCGCAUCUUUGAUCAAGCGCAUCUUGGGCAGGUCUACUGUAGGCAAUGGCAGUGCGCUUCGCAUCCUUAACAACCUGGACUGGUUUGGAGGAAUGCAAUUUCUGGAGUUUUUAAGAGAUGUUGGGAAAUUUGCAAGAGUGGGGGUGAUGCUGGCCAAGGAUUCGGUGAAGACCCGCCUUGCGUCUGAGGAGGGCAUCAGCUUCACAGAGUUCACCUACCAGCUUCUGCAGGGCUAUGAUUUCUUUCACCUGUGCCGCACCGAGGGCGUCAAGGUUGAGAUCGGUGGGAGCGAUCAGUGGGGCAACAUCACAGCAGGCACCGACUUGACAAGGAAGCUGUGGAAGCCCGAGUACGGGGAUGCGCCUGUGGUGUUUGGGCUGACUUUUCCAUUGCUGCUGGAUUCGGAGGGCCGCAAAUUUGGCAAGUCGGAGGGCGGUGCUGUGUGGCUGUCAGCUGACAAACUGUCACCAUACAAAUUCUAUCAACACCUCUUUGCCACCACCGACGCAGACGUUUUCCGGUUCCUGCGCAUGCUGACAUUCCUACCUUUAGAAGAGAUUGCCGCCCUUGAGGAGGCCAUGAAAGGCACGCCAGAGUCCGGUUACCUACCCAACACUGCACAGAGGAGAUUAGCGGAGGAGGUAACUGAAUUUGUGCAUGGGAAAGAAGGCCUGCUGCAGGCCCAGAGGGCGACAAUGGUGAGGUGA